AUGGAGUACUUUAUCCAAAACAUAGAAAAUACAGACAGUUUCGCUGAGGAAAUUGAUCAGCAGAAAAUAACCAAAGCUAAUCCGUACUCGAACGGUUUCAGUCAUGAUUGGGACACGUACCUCCCAAUAAGAAAGCUUGAAAAUGCAACUGCAACGGCCACGCACGUCGCUGCCGGUUCAACAUGGAGCUCUACAAGCUGUCAGGUCGAGCCAGCGGGGGUGUCUGCCUCAAAUGCAGGCAUUAUACUGCAGGCAGACACUGCCACUACUGCCGGGAGGGCCUGCGACUGCCAUCCUGUGGGUGCUAGUGGGAAGACCUGCAACCAGACGAGUGGGCAGUGCCCCUGCAAGGACGGCGUCACCGGCACCACCUGCAACCGUUGCGCCAAAGGAUACCAGCAGUCGAGGAGUCAUAUUGCACCUUGUAUACGUAUCCCUCGUGUGGUGACGGCCGUGCAGGCGAUGGAGGCGGUGGACGGCGAGCCGGGCCGCGCAGCGGAGCAGUGCGGCCGGUGUCGCGCCGCCGCUCGCACGCUAAACCUCAACAAGUUCUGCAGCCGAGACUACGUCAUAAUGGGCAAGGUGGUGGGUCGCGAGGCGAGCACGGCGGGCGAGGCGUGGGUGCGCCUGGCGCUGAGCGUGCAGGCCGUGUACAAGCGCGCGCCGCGCAGCCGCCUGCGCAGAGGCGCCACCGCCCUGCACGUGCGCGCCACGGACCUCGCCUGCAAGUGCCCUAAAAUCAAGAUCAACAAGUCAUACCUAAUCCUAGGAGUGGAAAAAGAGGGCGUUUCAGCCGGUUUGCCAGGACUGACGGUCGGCGACAGGACACUACUGUUGGAAUGGCGCGACGAUUGGCACCGACGCAUCCGCCGGCUUCAACGGCGCGCUAUCAACUGCCACUAG